AUGGAAAAGAAAGAAAUCAAACUCGAUUCAGUGCUCGAGAGUCUUGGACCUUACGGACGUUACAACCUUUUGAAUUUCGUCCUGUUGCUUUUCCCGGUACUUUUGAGCAGUUUCUUUGAAUGCGGCUACAUCUUCGAAGCACAGGAACAAACAUACAGAUGUAAAAUAUAUGGAUGCGAGGAAAGAUUCAACGAUACAUCCUGGUUGAAAUACGCGAUACCAACAAACAAUGAGAAAAAUAGACCAGAAUCUUGUUUGAGGUAUGCACUGAACAAUGUCACGUCGAACCAAUGCGUACCUGAAGAUUUCUCAAACAAAACAGAACCAUGCGAAAGUUUUGUUUACGAACCGGGCGAGAGUUUUGUUAAAGAGUUCGACUUAGGUUGCAAGGAAUGGAUGAGAGCUCUUGUUGGGACAGUCCACAACUCUGGGAUGUUCGCAGCUAUGUUAGUCACAGGAGCAAUAUCAGAUAGGUAUGGAAGAAGAGUGGCUGUUGGUUUAGCUGCGACUGCCAGCUUCAUAUUUGGCAUAGCGAGAGCGUUCUCUCCAGAUUACUACACUUAUCUUACGAUGCAUUUCUUUGAAGCUGCUUUGGGAGGAGGGUUAUAUCCAUCAGCUUACGUUUUUGCGGUUGAACUAGUUGGUCUAAAGCAAAGAGUCAUAGUAUCGGCGAUGUGUAACAUGACCUUCGUCGUUGGAGUAGUACUUAUAGCGCUAUUAGCUUGGUUCGUGAACAAUUGGAGGCACUACAUCUUAAUUCUAUACAGUCCGGCCAUCAUGGUCGGAAUUUAUGUCUGGUUCAUGAACGAAAGCGCUAGAUGGUUGCUCAGUAAAGGCAGGAAGGAUGAAGCUAUAACGACGUUAAAGAAAGCUGCCAAAAUCAACAAUCUUGAUCCUCGAAUACUAGAAUUGGAUUCAUUGUGUGAUCCUUUGUUAAAAACGGAUAGUCAGACAGUCGAUAAGAAAUCACAGCUAUCAAAAGCUAUACGUUCAAGCAUAAUAUGGAAAAGACUAAUGAUAUGCUCAUUCCUAUGGAUGACCUGCUCUUUGGUUUAUUACGGGCUAUCAAUAAAUUCGGUUUCGCUAAGCUCUAACAAGUAUGUCAGCUUCAUGCUGGUCGUUCUUGUUGAGAUACCAGCGUACAUAGUUGUGGUCAUAGUGUUGGAUAAGUACGGACGGAAGAAGACUAUGAUAGCUAAUUUCCUGACCUGUUCCAUUACCAGCUUGCUUUUCGCAUUUCUACCUAGAUCUGACUGGUGGUCCCUGCCCCUGUACCUGAUCGGUAAGUGGAGCGUCACACUCACAUACAGUUCAGUGUACAUCUACGUCUCCGAAGUCUUCCCAACUAACAUGAGACAGACGCUCAUCAGUUUCUGCUCUACCGCUGGCAGGAUAGGAUCAUUGAUAGCGCCGCUGACGCCGUUAUUGUCGCAGUACCAUCAAUCAAUGCCGACGGUAAUAUUCGGUGGAAUGUGUUUCAUAUCAAGUCUUCUGGUCAUUAUGUUACCUGAAACAAGGAACAUGAGGUUACCUGACACCAUAGAAGAAGCCGAAGAACUCUCUAAAAUGAAAACCAGAACUGAUUCCACCUAA